AUGGAUCCGGAGCACUGUGAAUUUCUGGCGGAGGACGAGAUGAUUCAGAUAAUACCUCGAAGGAAUGAACCAGUUCUUCAUUUGGUUUGUGGUGAUGUCGGCCCACUUGAAGCUGGAGUUCCUGUUCAAGUCCCUCUUUGGUUAGCAGUCGACCUAAGAAGAAAGCAACAUUGUGAAAUAGUGCCUCCCUAUUGGUUCUGUCUCGAUGAAUUGAAACGGCUCGUUGCGACUGAAGGUGAAACCGUUGGCCUCUCACGACUUCCGCCUUUCAUCUUCGAAAUCUCUAACAUCCUUGUUAGGAUAGCCAAGGAAGACAUUGUUGAUGGUGACCAGAUUAAAGUUUUGAUACAAGAUCUAUGGGACAAGAGGGAAGCCAAGCUCCGAACAUCAUCGUUGAAGCUACUCUCUCAGGUAAACCAUUUUUCAGAAAACAACCAUGCAGUGACCAACUCCUGCACUUGUUAUUGA